CCGGCCCGCGGGCUGGCCCACCGGCCCGGGGGCUUUUCCCCUCCUCUCCGGGCGCCCCGUGCCCGGGCAGGGCUGCGCGGUGCCCGCGGGCUGCGCGGGGCGCGGCUGCGUUGGGCUGCGUGCGGAGCUGGAAGUCAUCUCUCUUCGUUUUGCCUUCUCCCCCCCAAUAUCCCUUCACCUCCCGGCUCCUGCCCGCGGGGCAGCGGCCGGGCGUGCUCCGGUCUUGCGCUGGGGCUCGGGGUCCUGCCGGUGGGCGCCCCUGGGGGCCCGGGGGCUCUGCCCUCCCGUCUGUUCCCUGCUUUGCUUUCGCGUGGCCCCGGUUCAGAACUCCCCGGGGUUCCCCGGGGCGAGGCUCACCGCUGUCGUGCUGCUUUGGAGCGAGGAACCGAAGCGGCAAAUGCAGAGCGCGCCCAUGUCGGUGAGCCAGCCGCCGGCAGGAAGAGGUGUGCCUUGUUUACGCUGCAGAGGGAGCUGCACGGGCUUCGAGCCACAUUCUUGGAGGAAGAUCUGCAAGUCGUGCAAGUGCAGCCAGGAGGAUCACAGCCUGAGCUCGGACGUGGAGGAGGACCGGAAGAUCGGGCGGCUGCUGUCGGGCUCCAGGUACGCCUCGCUGACCGCCCGGGUGAAGGGCGGGGACGGGCUCCGCAUCUACAAGAGGAACCGCAUGAUCAUCACCAACCCCAUCGUCUCCCGGAAGGACCCCACCUUCGACACCAUCACCUACGAGUGGGCUCCCCCGGGGCUCACCCAGAAGCUGGCCAUGCAGUACAUGGAGCUGAUCCCGAAGGAGAUGCAGCCGGUGGCGGGGACGGAGGGGGCGCGGUACCGCCGGAGGCAGCUGGUGAGGCAGCUCCCACUCUACGACCAGGACCCGUCGCAGUGCCGUGGCCUGGCCGAGGGCGAGCUGCAGCUGAUGGAAGACUUUGUGAAGAAAUACAAAGCUGAGGCCCUGGGCGUUGGGGAGGUGGCCCUGCCGGGCCAGGGCGGCGGCGGGAAGGAGGAGGAGAAGCCGCAGGACGGGAGCAUCGCUGCCGGCAAAGCCCCCGAGUCCAAUGGGGCCCUGGAGCCGGCCCCAGGGAGCUACCGCUGCGAGGCCUGCAAGCAGGCGCUGCCCAGCGACUGCCCGGUGGUCUACGCCGAGAGGGCCGGCUACGGGCGGCAGUGGCACCCGGCCUGCUUCGCCUGCUGCCGCUGCGCCCAGCCCCUGGUCGACCUCAUCUACUUCUGGCGGGGCGGCGCGGCCUGGUGCGGGCGGCACUACUGCGAGAGCCUGCGGCCGCGCUGCGCUGGCUGCGACGAGAUCAUCUUCUCAGAGGACUACCAGCAGGCCGAGGGGAUGGCCUGGCACAAGAAGCACUUUGCCUGCCUGGAGUGCGAGACGCUGCUGACCGGCAAGCCCUUCGCCCUGGAUGACUCCGGCCUCCUCUGCACGACCUGCAGCAAAAGCAAACGCCUCUGAGCAGGUAGCAGCUCCCCGAGGUCCCGCCAGCACUGGGGGCAUUCCACAAGUGUGUAAGAAGGGGAAGGUUUAAAAAAAAAUAAUAAAUAAUAAUCAGAGUCUGGCUAUUCACUUGCAAGCAACCAAGUGCCCCCCUUGCAUCCACUACAGCCUGGAGGAGAAUGUUUCCUUGAAGGAAGCUCGUGUGCCUGCAAGUGGGAGGCACGUGGUGCAUCCAACCAGGAGGGACAGAAAAGGGAGUUCUGUGUUGUGCUGGGUUUCAUAAAGUCUCUCCAAGCUUCUUGCAACUAAGAUCUUGCAAUAAUCUUUUGAAAAUAACACAUCUCAAAAGUAACUCUUGGCAUACUAAACCUGUGGUCAUGGUCAAAAACAAGGGUGGCUCUUAUCUUUUUGAAAUCCUUACUGGAAGUUUGCGCUAACAGGCUGCUGACAACUGUACUAAGGUGAGGGGUUUGGAGGAUUUGAUUAACCCAGGUGAUUAUUUUGUGAAGGAAAUUAUAUAAAAUUGCAGCAAUGUGUAGCUGUAGCUUUCUCCUCUGAAGUGUACACUAAUGUAAAAAUAACAAGUUGGCCCAGAGGGCGAUUGGUUUAACCCUGGUGAGAUGGAAAGGGUGCAGCUCUGCCCCUGGCUCAGCCCUGGGAGCUUUAGGCCUGACACUGGAAUUCAGAAGCAUUCCCAGCAGGUCCCAGGGACCCACUCAUGGCCUCCAGCUGCCUCUGGCUGCCUGUCCCAGGACAGCAUGUUUCCACAGAGCAGCAUUGUGUUCCCCUGCUGCCUGGGAGGUCGUUCAGCAUGUAAAGUGUGGGCCUUUAUUUUGGCUUGGUUUGACCAUGAGUUUUAUGGAAAACAGCUUUCCGGCUGUCUUGGGGGGUAUUAUGCUGAUUCUGCAAGGUAAUUCCCUGAAACACAUCAGUAACCCCCUUCCAAGGACCAGGGAGCUGUACCUUCUCCUUGGAGCUGGCAGCAGCCUUGCCCAGGGCUCUGCCCUGCUCUGCAUCCAGCAGCCCCUUGUCCCUAGGGAAGGUCCCUGUCACCUCUUGGAUCUGACAGAGGUGACACCAUCCCAGGAUCCAGCACUGGGUCUCCACUGAUAGUAUUUAUUCCUUAAGUUGUGCAGUGCUUCUGGCAGUCACUGAACGUCUCAGUCCAGGCUGGCAGAUGUCUGUGUGCUCUGUUUUUUUUUCCCUGAUUAAAUGUCUACAUUAUUUGCCAGAGAACUGGAAUAUUUUUUGCAGAGGUGAGCGUGCAGGGAGCUCACAUGUGCUGGGUUUUCUCUCUGCUGCAGAGGGUGUAGGUUUCCCUCUGAAGCUGCUGUGGGUGUUUGGUUGCUUAGGACAAAAUACCUUGUAAAUGAGAGUUGGGGAGAGCUGAUCUGCAGCAGGGUUGGACCUGCAAACCCCGGUGGUCUCUGCCCCACCACAGCCCCUGCUGGGGAUGUCCCACUCCACUGCUGGCCAAGGCCAUCCCUGUCCUUGAGCAGGUGAGGUCCAUGUGGUGGGUGGGCACCUCCUGUGCUUUGUCCAGCCCUGUGUUGGGGCAUAGUUGAUGUUCCUGGAAGCACCAGGGCAUUUAAAGAGAGGGAAUGAAGUGCUGCCUUCGGAGCUGGAGCAGGGCAGGGAAAUCCCGAGGUGACAGCCACAGUGGGGGGAGGUUGGAGCUGUGUCCUGGGUGUCAUGGAGCACCCGCUCCUGGGCUCAUAUGUCCAUCUUGGGUUGUUCAGUGGAGACUUUGGGUGCCUGGGAUGUUUUUUCUGUGACACAGUCGAAUGCUGCAAGUUCAGAGAGGGUAUGUAGACCUGAGCUUGUGCUAGUAAUAGUAAAGCUCCCUUGGCUACAGGCACUUUGGUUAGAAGUAAAGCGAGAACAGUACAGUGCUUAGCUUUAUUGCCUCUGCUUCAUUUUGUCACAAGGGAAAUGUCUUUACAUCUUUGUUAUUAUUUUUAAAGCCACACCUUUGUUCUAACCCAGCGAUGUCGAGGCAGCCCAAAGUACGGACGCUCCGUGUAGCAGGUUCUGGUUUGGGGUUUGACGUUGAGAUCUCAAAGUGGUAGUUCCUGUCCCCUGCAGUCCCUGUUUCAGCAUACCUGUGCUUGCUUCAGGCUCUUUGGGCUGCUGGCAUCUACUUGAGCCUUUCAGGUGUUUCUGCAGCUUGUAAAGCACUGUCUGCUAAAAAAUUCACUGCAAUUAAACAGCUUAACAAAAUCCUGUGCCUCUCAAGUGUCAGGAGUGAAAGUGUGAAAUUAAUGCAUCUACCAGCUCAAAGCAUAUGUGAGUUUAGUCUUGAAAUUAAAAUUUAAAUUAAGUGUAAGCAUGAAAAAUCCUCACCCCAAGUGAAGACAUGAUGCUGUAUUUUGCUCUGGUUUAUUGUCCGGAAUGAAGGAGGCUACUGCAGCUGCCUUCUGCAGAGCAGGAGCUCUGGUGUUCAAGAAAGAUAAAUGUCCAGGGAUAUGCUGGUCUGUCUGGCAGAGCCAUUGGGAAGCACUAUAGGGAGAGUUGGUCCAGACCAUGGAUAAAACCAGUGGUGUUCACAGGGUGACUGUCCGACAGGGACAGCUCUGGGCCAAGGCUGUGGUGAAGCUGCUGGUCCCAGGUUCGUUCUCGCAGAUGGAUGGGCAGGGUGAGGGACUUUCCAACAGCCCCAACCAGGGCAGAUCUCGCUGCACCCGCCAAGCACCAGGGUGGGCAUCUUGAGGUCCUCCUCUCCGUGGCCAGAGGUGGGGAGAACAAGGACUUUGUGACUCUUGCUUGAGCAUUCAGCUGUGAUUUGAACUCCAGUUUUGAGUGUAAUAUGACUGACAAUACAUGAAAAAUGUUCCUAAAACUUUAAAUAAACUGUUUCUGGAUAGGAAAGUC